GAAGCAGGCGGGAAAGUGUUUCAUCGAGUCGGUGGAUUAGCGUGGUUCAGAGUAAACGAAGGAAAUAUUUGUGAUAAUUUUAGUUGAAUUUCUUUAUUUAAUCUAAGCCACGCUACUGCCAUGAACUUUCAUUCUCAAAUAAACCAGUUGACAAACGUUGCGGGCAGGGCUAUAUCUGCCGAGGAGCUGCAGAGACUCAUUUCAUUGGGGAAGUUCACCAUCAUCAACACUAAGCGUGCCCCUUCCAUGAUGCCAUCCCAAGUUGUUCCUCAUCAAUCCAACCCAAUAGUUGAACUUCAAAGCUCUCAAGAUUCUAAGGUGCAUUGGCCUGAUCCUUUAACCGCCAAGCUUCUGGACAUUGCCGUUCCAGAAAUGUCCAGGAACAAGUCCACUUCCGCCAAGUUCUGGAACACCGUAGCCUCAGAGGUUGGAGGAGGAAUGAAUGGUGUUCACUGCAGGACCAAGUACUUCAAUUUGGAUAGGACCCGUAAGGCUAAGAAAACAAGGGCAGCAGCCUCAGGUGGUGUGCCGAAAAAUUAUACUGCCAUGGAGCAGUACAUGGAGGAUCUUCUUCAUCAACAAGAAGUUCCCAGAGAGAUUCCUGACGACCAGGUUGCUCAUUGUGGCAGCUCCCUCACUGCUCCUCCUGAUGGUGACAAUGUGGAAGACCAAGAAAACACGCCCCAGUUACAGACCCCAGUUAGGAAACCAUACAGUAAACUACCAAAGCAGACCCAUGGAAGUGGAUCCAAGCAGGCGUCUUCGAGGAACACGCUUAUGUCGCAGUGGCUGAGGUGCAUGAAACAAGUAGAUGAGCGCCACGCACUGCGUAUGAAGGGUGAGCAGCAGAAAAUUGAUCUGAUGGGGAAGUUGCACAAGUUGAAGGAAGACAAGUUAAAAAGAGAGGAUGAGAGAAUCAAGAUAGAAAAACUGAAACUCCAGCGAAAGGAAGCAAGAGACAAACGUAAAGAAGAGCAAAUGAGGCGACUCAUUGAACUUGAAGAGGACAGAAUGAAACUACUCUACGAAAUGAAAGUGGCAGUAGAGCAGCGUACUUUUUAGAAUUAAUCUUAUCUUAAUUUUUGUAGUGUGCACAAUAUGCUGUAGAAAUUUAUCCUGUCUUUUUUUCCAUUUGUAUCAACAAGUAUUGUUAUGUGUCGUUCACUUAUUUUUAGGUAAGUACAGCAACCCAGCCCAAGUGUGAAAGGGAUAUCACUCGUGUUCAGUCUUAAUGGAACAUGCAGUGACAUCCUUCUCACAGGGGUUUAAGGGUGUGACUGUUGCUGUGUGUUCCAUUAAGAUUGACUUUUGUGAUAUUUAUUGACGAACCUGGCGCUGUGAUGUUUGUUUUGUAGAAACAAUUUAUUUACUUAGUAUUAAGUAUUGUUACUUUUUAUCUGUGGCCAAAAAGUGUUGUGAAUCAUUUUAGGUAAGCACAGCAACCCAGCCCAAGUGUGAAAGGGAUAUUACUCGUGUUCAGUCUUAAUGGAACAUGCAGUGACAUCCUUCUCACAUGGGUUUAAGGGUGUGACUGUUGCUGUGUGUUCCAUUAAGACUGACUAUUGUUAUAUUUUUUGAUGGACCUGGCGCUGUGAUGUUUGUUUUGUAGAAAUGGUUUAUUUACUUUGCAUUAAGUGUUGUUACUUUUUAUCUGUGGCCAAAAAGUGUUGUGAAUCAUUAUAAGUAAGCACAGCAACCCAGCCCAAGUGUGAAAGGGAUAUCACUCGUGUUCAGUCUUAAUGGAACAUGCAGUGACAUCCUUCUCACAGGGGUUUAAGGGUGUGACUGUUGCUGUGUGUUCCAUUAAGACUGACUAUUGUGAUAUUUAUUGACAAACCUGGCGCUGUGAUGUAAGGUAUUGACAGGGAUCUUUGGGUAAAAUUUUUAAUAAAACAUUUGACUUGAAA